GCAGUUUUAGCACUUGUUUUUGUUGGAAGGAAAUCGCUCGCAAGGUGUUCAGUACUGAAAAUGCUUCUUUACCUUCAACAUGAUGUGAGGUAGAAGCUUCGACAUUAGUGACAAAUGAGCGUUUAGCUAUCGCAGAAUAUCGGUUUGUUGUUUGUUUUCUGCGUUUAGAAGAAGAUGGCCUUUAAUAUGGUCGAGGAACUGAGCCUGAGUUGCAGUGAUGAAGAAGAUGAUGCGGACUCUCCUCGCGAACUUAGACAGGAGAUUAGCCUGGAAGGAGUGCUUUCCAAAUGGACAAACUACUUACAUGGAUGGCAAGAUCGGUAUUUUAUAUUGAAGAGCGGAAACCUCUCUUACUAUAAGUCGGAGUUUGAUAUGGCGUACGGAUGUCGAGGAUCCGUUAGUCUUGGGAGAGCGAAAGUUUUGUGCCAUGAAUAUGACGACUGCAGAUUUGAUGUUCAUGUUAACGAUAAUAUUUAUUACUUGAGAUCAGCAGACCCAGAUGAACGAUCAAAGUGGAUUUCAACACUAGAAGCUGCCAAGCAAGCAGAAUCAGGCUAUGGAUCUGAAACACAUUUGCCAAAGGUGGCCUCGGUGCUGUCCUUAACCUCCCUUCCAAGUUUACAGUCCUCCUCAUCUUUCAAGAGAGGCGAUGGCUUAAAAGAGAAACUUCUUGAAAUGGAGACAUUUCGUGACAUCCUUUGUCGUCAGAUUGACACGCUACAAUCUUAUUUCGAUUCCUGUGCCGACAAGAACCCAAGAUUCGAGACUCAAGGACUGGACCUUGACGAUGAUGACUUUGAUGCUGAUGACUUGUCCGCCACUCCAACCCCACACGACGGCAAUAACUAUUUGCAAUCGCAUCACUUAAGCCGACAGGCAGUCGAUUUUCGUGGCGAAGCAAUCACAUUCAAAGCUACCACUGAUGGGGUACUCCAGGUUUUAUCCCACUGCAUCGAAUUAAUGUCCAAAAGAGAAGACCAAUGGAAGCGGAGGCUGGAAAAGGAACGUGACAGAAGCAAGAGACUUCAAGAGCAAUACAAGGAGGCUCUAGAUAAGUUGAAAGUUUCUUCUUUUGUUGGUGGUCCAGAUUACGAGGAAGGCCCAUACAGCAAACUGAACGAGGAAGAAUUCUUCGAUGCCGUGGAGACUGCCCUUGACCGCGAAGACGAAGAAUCUGAACUGACAAGCAGUACAAAGGAGAGAAUACCGCCUCCUCCGGAUGACAGUGUGUUUGUUGAAUUAGUUAAACACCGGCUUUCAGAUGAGGUUACCGGAAAAGUAAGAGAAAGUCUCAUGCUAGUCAAGGAAGAUGUGACCAAAGAUAGCAGCGGGUGGGACAUGGUUCUAGAAGACGGGGAUCUCAAGGUUUACCGAAAAGACUUCGAAGUAGAUGGUAUAGUUUGUGAUCCAUUGAAAGCAUCGCACAUUGUGCAGGGAGUUACUGGGCGAGAAAUGUGUCAUUAUUUUUUUGAUAAAGAUGUUCGUAUGGAUUGGGACAGCACUGUUGAAAAAUGUCGAGUUUUGGAGAAGCUGUCCGACAAUACAAUGGUAUUUCACCAAGUGCAUAAGCGAGUAUGGCCUUCGUCACAAAGGGACACGGUCUUCGCGUCACAUAUUAGAAAACUUAGUCUUUCAGAGGAGGGCGAAAGGCUUAAAAACGAAAUCGAAAACGCCUGGAUGGUCACUAACUGGGCAACGGAUCACGACGACGCGCCGGCAAACAAAUAUGUCCGUGCUGUUGCCCGGGUAACUAUGUUUUGUCAGACCUUUGUCAGGCCGGGGGUCAAUACCAAGACGCUAAACAGAGAAAACAUGUUCUGCAAGCUUACAUACACUGCGCAAGUCAAUCCUGGCGGUUGGGCGCCACCUUCGGCAGUACGCGCCGUUUCAAAGAGAGAGUACCCCAAGUUUUUACGAAAAUUUAGUGGUUUUGUCCAAGAGGUGACUAAUGGCAAGCAGAUCAUGAUGUAAAGAAAUCAAAAUCGUAAGCAAAUGAAAAAUAUGACCUGGGGUUGAUAACAGGCAAGCGCUCGACCCUAUUUAGCGAUGAGCUCCUCUCAAGACUUGUCACAGCUACAGUCCUUGGCGCUGGGCCUAUCACAAAUUGAAGAACGCUUGGUGAUUCAAGGAAUUAUCAGAAAUUACAAACAGAAAGCAGAAACGAUUAUCAUAAUUUCUAUAUAUAUUGGUAUUUACUACCCUAAGAGUGUUAUUUUUUCCCUUAACUUACGCUUAGGUGGGGCUGUAAUAAAUUAACAAAUUCAUCGAGUUCUUCUCAGCCUACAUUUGUAACGUUUUAUAUCCUUCGAUUUUUAUUAACGCUACUCUCGUAAUUUCAAUCUGUAUCUUGAAGUACUGAUAGCUCGAAGAAAAGGACUGAAAUAUAACCAACAUCUUCAAUUUUACAAAAUCGUCAGUUCGAAAAGAAACUUCAGCAUAUUUUCAAAAUGGUAUCCUUCAAAUUCAGAUCUUGUGGCUUUUGCUCGGAGCAAUAGUCUUUCUCUUGAUGGAUACAAGCCUCUUUUUGAAAAAGCCAUUGUGUUUCGUUUGAGUAUGUUGGAAAACCCUAUCCUGGUUCUGCUACAGUUGUCCUGGUCAUGCAGCAGUUGAAUCAAGGAAGCUAUAUUCAUUUGCAGUAUUAUAAUACAAUAUGCACAGCGACACUUUGCUUAACCUCUUGGAAGGAGAACACUUUAAACGCAACGAAAAGUGAAAAUCGCUGUAACCCGUUGAAGAUUUUUGACAGUAUUGAUUCCUGAAAAGUUUAGGAAAUCAAUGUACGUUUGUGUUCGUUUCAAUAUGACAUACAAUAUCUACUGGUUAUUUUGUUUGAAAAGUAGUCUUUCAAAUUUUGAACGUAUUUCUGUCAAAUUUAAAAGUUUAAACACUCGCAGCCGUAUAUUUGAUCCAAGUCCCUCUAAGGAAUCUCUUAUGCACAAAGACAUGUAAAUCCUGACACAGUCAAAAAAGGAUUUUAAUUUUCAUGGUACUCUAUCUCGUGAAAUACGAUAAGUUUAACUUUGCUAGCAAUGGCUAACUCAAUGUGUACGCUUUUCUAAAUGAGGAUUCCAAUGAAGCUAGCAUUUGUUGUGCAGAAGAUUUGCAAAGAAAAUCGUUAGAUUUUGUAUAAAAAAUGCUUUGAUUUUGAUAGCUUGAAUAUGCAGUCAGAUAUCUCGAAAGUCCAACUUUAAAAUCAGUUUUCAUUCACGCCUUCUAACUUUGAAUUGAUCUUUAUAUUUUUAUUGGGAUGUUAAGAAAUAUGGACUGUUCGAACUUUGUGACUGGGUUUUUCUGAGAUUUGUAAACCUAAUUUUACCUUCUUACGUGUUUUCAAAUGGCUUAAUGUUUAUAAUGUCAUUGUGUGUUUAUGCUUAAUAGCUACUAAUUUAACAAAUACUGCCUAGAAUGAUUCAUAUACAACGUACGUUGUUGUCCUUCAGUGUAUAGGAAAAAUAGUACAUUAGUAGAUUAGCUUUGAUUUAUAAUCAGUGUUGUCAAAUUAGUUGUAGGUAUGACUCUAAUAUUUUGAUCAUUUAAAGAAUUAAAUUCUUCUCUCCUA